AUCCGACUGCUGCACCUGUCGAUGCUGUGGAUGAAACAACAGCAAACUCCUUGGAUGAGGUAACCAGCGUCACCACAAAUUACACAACGGAAGUUCAGGUGGACGAAUCAACAGUUAUGUCUGUAGAUUCGACUACUGCCUUUGCUAAUACUGCUGACGAAACAACAGCAAAUUCCUUGGUUGAAGUAACCAGUGACAUCACAGAUUACUCAACGGAAUUUCAGGCUGAUGAAUCAACAGUUAUAUCUAUAGAUUCGACUGCCGCCCCUGCUGAUAAUGCUGAUGAAACAACAGUAAACUUCAUGGAUGAUACAACCAACGAUCCCGCAGAUUCUACAACUGAAGCUCGAGUUGAUGAAACAACAGUUAUAUCUACAGAUCCGACUGAUGCACCUAUUGAUGCUGUGGAUGAAACCACAGCAAAUUCCUUGGAUGAAGUAACCAGCUAUACAACGGAUUACACAACGGAAGUUCAGGCUGAUGAGUCAACAGCUAUGUCUGCAAAUUCGACUGCCGCCCCUGCUAAUAAUCCUGACGAAACAACAGCAAACUCCAUGGAUGAUACAACCAACGAUCUCGCAGAUUCUACAACUGAAGCUCAAGUUGACGAAACCACAGUUUUGUCUUCAGAUUCGACUGAUGCCGCUGCUGGUACUGCUGAUGAAACAACAGCAAAUUCCAUGGAUGAUACAACCAACGAUAACGCAGAUUCUACAGAUGAAGCUUGGAUUUAUGAAACAACAGUUGUAUCUACAGGUUCGACUGCUGCACCUGUUGAUGCUGUGAAAGAAACCACAGCAAAUUCUUUGGAUGAGGUAACCAGCGUCACCACAGAUUACAAAACGGAAGUUCCGGUGGACGAAUCAACAGUUAUGUCUGUAGAUUCAACUGUUGCCCCUGCUGGCACUGCUGAUGAAUCAACAGCAAAUUCCUUAGAUGAAGUAACCAGCGACAUCACAGAUUACACAACGGAAAUUCAG